AUGCGUUGGAGCCUGCUGUUGCUGGUUCUGGCAGCACUGUUAAUUCAGUCAGCAUAUGGUCGAUAUGAAAGAAAUGGUCGAAGAUAUAAACUAUAUGGCCAACGAAGACGCUUAAACGCUGGAGAAGCUCGGUUUAUACCAGACUAUUUGAAUAACAUAAUAAAUAAGAAAACCACAACAACUACAACAACAGCUAAACCGGAACCCCCUCCAACGCCAACAACACCAACAACAACUCCAACGACGGAGACUUCUCCUCCACCUCCACCUCCUCCGCCACCGCCGCCUCCACCACCACCUCCUCCACCACCAACACCAACAACCAGUCCCACAACAGAUCAAACAUCACCACCUCCUCCACCACCUCCUCCUCCUCCACCACCACCACCUCCUCCAGCACCAUCUCCACCUCCUCCUCCACCACCUCCACCCCCACCGCCUCCACCAACAACACCUAAACCAGAUAUACCACCACCUCCGCCAGCUUAUACACCACCGCCACCUGCUCUACCACCACCACCUGCUCCACCUGCUCCACCUUCAAUUCCACCAACAUCACCUACACCUAGAGUUGAUAAACGCUCUGAAAAUUACGAAGAUGAGGAUUAUGAAGAUGAUCAAGAAGAAACUGGUAGAGAAUUAUAUCACAACUUUAUGUCAAAAUCUGAAGGUCGCAGAUAUCAGAAUAACUACGAUAUACUCAGCAGCAAUAAUGAUGAGAACAACUAUUUGAGCGACUAUGACGAUUCCGCAGAAGUUGGACGUGCUUCUCAAUCUCGCCCUAAGAGACGACGUCAACGUAGAAGACGAAUAAAUCGUAUUGUUUUACAUAAUCGUCAAAACCCCCACUACAGAAGACGUCUUAGAAGGCAAAGAGCUAGAAGAAAUCGCCAACGCAGAGAAAGUCUUAGACGACGUCGUUUGGCACAACGUAGACGUUUAGAACAACGUAGACGUUUAGCACAGCGUAGACGUUUCGCACAACGACGUCGUCGCUUGCAACGUCGCCGCCGUUUACAAAGACGCCGUCGUUUGGAAAAUCAAAGACGCAGAGUAGCCAUUAGACGUCAGAAUCAAAGACUUAGGCUACAAAUGCAACGUAUUCAAACUAAUAAACGACGUAACGGAUGA